AAGUGUUUGUUGGCUCCGUCUCACGCUCGUCUGAGGUUUUUUCACGGGAGAAGUUCCGGCGGCUUGGUGAAGUGGUCUCGCGGUCGACGCACUUGGUCUUCAUGGAGGACGAUGAGGAGCUAGGGUUAUUGUUAGGGUUCGCUGCGCCGAUCUCCAGGUCUUGCACAGCGAGUUUUGCAGUGAGAGAGAGAGGCUUGCACAGUGAGUUUCUCAAGGCAUCCAUUGUUGUCGAGCUUGAAGAAGGCGAUAUUAUUGAUUGCGUUGACAUUUAUAAGCAACCUGCCUUCGAUAACCCUUUACUCAAGAAUCACAAAAUCCAGCUGCGGCCAACUUCAUUUCCAGCUCAGAUGAAAAACUCAGCUCCGGUGACUGAUCCGAUAUCCGAAACAUGGUCUAAGAGGGAAGCAAGCCCUGAUGGAACAGUUCCCAUACACAGAACAACAAAGGAUGAUUUAGUAAGGGCCAAAAAUCUUGCGCACCAAAUGUUUGGAUACCCAAACAUCAAAUUGGUGGCUUGCAGUAACAGACAGGAACAUUACAGUAGGGUAUUGGCCUAAGGAAAUGUUACCUCAUUUAAGAAAUGGGGCUGGAGAAGUAGGGUGGGG